AUGGCCUCUGAUUCAACUGGACGCCCCGCAAGCGUCCUCUUUGUCUGCCUCGGCAACAUCUGCCGCUCACCCAUGGCCGAAGGCGUCUUCCGCAACCUCGCCGCCUCGCACCCUUCCCUAGUGAGCGAGAUCGACUCCGCCGGCACAGGCGCCUACCACGCAAUGGAACCCCCGACUCGCGCACGAUCCCGCAAAGUCACCAAGGAGGACUUCCUGAACUUCGACUACCUCCUCGCCAUGGACAAGUAUAACCUGAGGGAUCUGCUGGAUACGCGGGAGUCGGUAAUUAGGUCGGUGAAGCGAAAGUCUGGUAUGCUUGCUGCUCCCUUGUCACACUCUCGAGUUACCCGGGCGGGCGCUGAGGCGGCGAUUGCAGAGCGGGUCGCGGAUGCGAAGGUUGCGGAUGUGCGGUUGUUUGGGGAUUUUGGGGCUGACGGGAAGCUGCAUGCUCGAGUUGGUGGUGGGGAGGUCGUGCAGGAUCCGUAUUAUGGUGGUGCGAAUGGGUUUGAGGAGGUUUAUCACCAGGUUGAGCGCUUCUCGCGGGGGUUCCUGGAUUAUCUGGAGAAGAACUCUGCAGAGUAA